CCCUGAAGGCAGCGGAACCGCUGUAGCUAACAGAUGAUUCUGUUGCGAUCAUAGCAACAGUCCAUGUGAAAGGAGACUGACCACCGACCACUAAUGAUACAACCUCUGUCAAGAUAACCUCAACAGAGCAGCUACUUUAUUCAAGAAGAUGAUUCCAGAGUUGUCCAACCCGUCUGUGUGCAUGAGGGACCCCCAGAGGGUCCAGGAGAUCCUCGAGUCCAUGGUGAAGGCUGGCUCCAACACCGUGCAGGUGAUCUCAGACUUUGACAUGACCCUCACAAGAUUUGCAUACAAUGGGAAAAGGUGUCCUACUUGUCACAACAUUCUUGACAACAGCAAACUCAUCUCCAAUGAGUGCAAGGAAAAGCUGAAGGAGCUUCUCAACACAUAUUACCCCAUAGAGAUCGACUCUUCAAGGUCAAUAGACGAAAAGCUGCCCCUCAUGGUGGAGUGGUGGACUAAAGCCCAUGAAAUCCUGGUUCAGCAGGAGAUUAAGAAAGACAUGCUGGCCACAGCGGUGCGGGAGUCUGAGGCCAUGCUGAGGGAGGGCUACCCGCUCUUCUUUAACCACCUGCAUGAGCACAGCAUCCCUCUGCUCAUCUUCUCUGCUGGAAUUGGAGACAUCUUAGAAGAGGUUAUUCGCCAGGCUGGGGUCUUCCACUCCAACGUCAAAGUGUUCUCCAACUACAUGGAUUUUGAUGAAACUGGAGUAUUAAAGGCUUUCAAAGGAGAGCUGAUCCACAUCUACAACAAAAGGGAAGGAGCACUGCUGAACACCGGCCACUUUCAAGAGCUGCGGACGCGGCCUAACGUGCUGUUGAUGGGAGACUCUCUGGGAGAUCUGACCAUGGCUGAUGGGGUCCAGGACAUGGAAAACAUCCUCAAGAUUGGCUUUCUAAAUGACAAGGUGGAGGAGAGGAAGCAGUCUUACUUGGACUCGUAUGAUAUUGUGCUGAUAAAAGAUGAGUCCUUGGAAGUCCCUAAUGCUGUACUUCUCUACCUCACUGGGAAUAAGUGAACUGAGAAAACCCCGAGCCAGUUGGUAUUUGACACUCCGGUGCCGUCAGCUCAGGAGGGCCCGUUGAAGGCUCAUCGCCACCCGUCUAAGAUCGGCUCAUGAUACUUUGACAGUCAUCCGUCACAUUCACCGCGUCUCCCACUUUAAGAUUUUGUCCUUUCGCCUUCCUCUUGGUUCUGUGGUUAAAACUGCUGUUGGACUGUGUGAUUGAGGCCAUGAGCAGCAUGUAACGUUUGUGUGUUUUAUUGUUUGGGGAAGAUGGGUUUUGUGUAGUUUUGGUCUUCACAUAGGAAGUAAUGAUAAAGGGAAAGAAAAUGGCAGCACGCGUCAACAUUCGGUAUGAAACUGAUUUCCAGCCUCUAACAAUAAAACUUUUUUAAAGCGAAUAUUAAACCAACA